AUGAUGAAGGUGGCUAAUUAUUUGGGGAAAGUGAACCUCUAUGUUGUGCAUGGGGUGGACGAACCGGCUAUUGUAGAAAAUGAUGAGAAUGAGAUUCUUUACCUAUGUGAAGGUACUGCAGAGAGUGGUGGGGGUAGUGGCAUCAGAGGAGAAGCACAUGUUGAGGGUGGUGAUCAAGGAAUUGGGAACGUAGUGGAGGUGGAGGUUGAGAACGAGGAUGCAGUGGAGGUUGAGAAUGAGGAUGCAGUGGAGGUUGAGAAGGAGGAUACAGUGGAGGUUGUUAAUGAGACUGUAGUGGAGGUUGAGAAUGAGGAUGGAGUUGAGGUUGAGAACGAGGAUGCAGUGGAGGUUGUCAAUGAGGCUGUGGUGGAGGUUCAGAUUGAGGAUGAAGUUGAGGUUGAAAGUGAAGAAUUAGUGGAAGUGGACAUUGAGGAUGGAGUUGAGGUUGAUAGUCAAGAAGAAGUGGAAGUGGACAGUGAUGAUGAACCAGGAAUGGAUGAUAUGAGUGGUGAUGAAUACGUGAUUGAAGACAGUGAUAAUGAAACCCAACAAUAA